AUGGGGAUUCCGUCCGAGCAGUCGCAAGGCGCCGCGGCAGUGACUCUCACGGCUGGGAGUGACGUAGCGUCGAGAACAGCGAUAGCCGUGGCCAAUUGGUGCAAGGCACGUGGCGGACUUGCAGUGGACGUCGUGCAAGCCGCUGCCGAUCAGGCCGCUCCCUCCCUCAUCAGCGCGGCCAGCAGCCAGCCUGUAGCGGGCGCUACAGCAGUGUGGGCGGCUCUUGCGCUGGCGACAGGAGGCGACGCCGCCAAUGCGCUGCUGGGGAGGGAUGGCGCCGCGCGCGCUGAGGUGACUCAGUGGCUUCGCCAUCCCUGGGUCGUCGGCUCCCUGGCCUCCCUUGCCACGUCAGCAUGCCCGUCAGCGUCCACGUCAGCUGCAGUGUUGGACCCUCUCCCUCGCCUGCGCGCCCUCAACGCCUACCUGACUCCUCGCUCCGUGCUCGUGGGGCCAGGUGUCGCGAUCACAUUGGCUGACAUUGCAGUCUUCGGUGCCGUUCAUGAUGACGUGCUGCUGGUGACGCCGUGUGACAGGGACGAGCUGCCUUACCUCAUGCGCUGGAUCGAUCUCGUGCAGCACAAGGGACAUGUGCGGGACACCUUCUCGCACAUUACCGUCAACACUGCCAAGUUCGACCCGCCUGCACCGGUUCCUCUUCCUGCCAAACCUGCAGCGCAGCCGAGCCAGUCAUCAGGCAAGGGGAAGGGGAAGGACGAGAAGAAGGGCAAGGGGGAGGAGAAGAAGGGUGAAGCGAAGGAAGGGGCGGGUGCAGGGGGAGGGAAGGGGGCGGAUGUGAGUGUGGGGAUAUUGGACAUACGAGUGGGGCAGAUCAAGAAAGUGUGGAAACACCCCAAUGCAGACGCGCUGUACGUGGAGGAGAUAGACGUGGGCGAGGGCAGUGUGCGGCAGGUGGUCAGUGGGCUCGCCAAGUUCGUCACAGAGGACGAGAUGAUGGGCAUGCGGGUGGUGGUGCUCACAAACGUGAAGCCGGGGAAAGUGAGGGACGUUGUAUCGGCCGGCCUGGUGCUGUGUGCGUCCAACGAGGACCACACGGUGUGCCGCCCCGUGCAACCCCCAGAGGGGGCUGCCAUCGGCGAGAAGAUCACGUUCGCUGGAGUGGACGGCAAGGCAGAGGAGGUGCUCAACCCCAAGAAGAAGCUCUUCGAGAAGCUACAGCCAUUUCUGCGCACGGACGGCACGGGGGUGGCCAUGUUCCAGGACACGCCCAUGAUGACGACAGCAGGGCCGUGCACAUCCACCAUUGUGAACGCCACUGUCAAGUAG